UUCCUCCUCGCCCGCGUCCAGACUCCACGGAGGGCUCCGUCCAGUCCAUACUCUUCGCGCCAAGACGACCGGCCGAGCGCCGCCCGCAGGUUCCGCGGGUGCUCUGACGGCCGGCGCACGUACCUUCGAGCUCCGGCGGCCUUCGUCCAGCACAGGUGUUUCUUCUGGCCUGCUCGGUGGUGCUAGCAGUGUUGAAAUAAAAUGGUAGCCCCUGAUGAGCCGGAUGCCGAAAGCGUUGGACACAGAAGGGGGAAAAAGGCAUACAUGGUAGAAACUAUGCAAUGCUUGAUGUUUGCAAGGGACAACCUCCCCAGUGACGUGUACAAUGAGUUCGUGAAUACCAUGAUUGAGAUUUGGAAACAAUGUGCGGAUCCUGAUGGUGAAAUAAGGAGCAUCUGCUCCGAAAACUGCAUCAAAGAGGCGAUGAAGCUAUUUCAAGACUGUGCUCCCGUCAAACGGGGAUUCCUGGACUUUACCCAAGGCCGUAGCCCCAUCCAUUUUCUUGAAAGUGACGAUGCUGAUGUUGAUAUUAACGCCUCGAUACAGAUUCCGUUUGAUUUACUUCAGAGAGCGAAGAUAUGUCCUGACAUCAGUGAUGACAAUUAUAAAACAAUGUUGCAAACCCUGGUAGAAUUUUACAGGAAAAGAACCAUGACCGCCAGAGAAGUUUUCCAUAUUAUGAAGGGAUGCAUGAGUAACUGUCCAGCGUUGCUAGAAGAAUUUACAAAUAAAUUUUUCCCUCCUGAAAUACAGGCGCUUCUGGCACAUGAGAGAAAUUCGAAGACUGGUCAUGUGGGCAAGGCCGAUUUAUGCUUUACUCCAGAUGCUAAUCACACCUUGGAUGGUAUCGAGAUCAAAGUGACCAAUACGAGACAAGAAGGUAUUGAAGAAUCACUUUUUGCCGAAGAGGACGAGGAAGACAAUGUUAAACCCUUGCCAGACUGGAUUACUUACAGACUUGAGGAGAAGUUACCCCCGCAAGUCAAUCUCACCAACUGCAAACCUUGCACUCCUAGCUAUUACCGGCUACCACAUAAUUGUAGAACUCUUCAAUCAAGUUACCGAACCAAACUUGGAAGGUCUGUUCUCAACGAUGCUUUGGUUUGUGGCAGAUCUGGGAGUGAGGAAUCAGAGAACUCUAAGCUCAAAGCUAAAAAUGAAUAUGAAACGGAAAUAUUUUCUUGUGAAGUACACAUGUUUGAGAGUGACGUGCUAUUAGAGCGGUUUCGUUCGACUGCUGACUUUAUUAAAAAUCUUCAAGAUCAUGCUGGAAGCCCUUUGAAUAUUAAGGAACAUCUCUCUCCUCUACAUAUGAGGUGCAUUGAAAGACUAUAUGCCGAUGACAGUGAUCUUGACGAAUUGUUGGAGAGUCAGAAUACUAGUGCUGUUCUUGCUGUUCUACUUUCUCGUUUAAAUCAGAAGGUUGAAGGUUUGUCAGACGCGCGCUUAUAUCUGCAUAGGGCCAACUCACAAGUUAUUGCCAAAAAUUACUACAGAUCGCUUGAUCACCGUGGCCCCUCUUUCAAACACUUAGAUGCAAAGAGAAUGAGCCAAAAAGCUUUACUGGCCGAAGCCAAAGAAAUCAAUAGAAUGAGGCUGAAUGGCGCAGAUGAAUAUGCUAAUCCUGACGUGCACAGGGACAUAAGCAGUGUUAUUUCCUCUGCAUGCGCUUCUGAAGUGAAGCAGAUGAUGACUUGGACAAAAAUAGUACACCCCUUUCUUUCUGCUCAAUAUAUGUGUCCAUCCUUGGGCGAAACUGUAGCUCCCGAAAAAGCUUGUGAAUAUUGUGGUACCAACAAAGAUUUUCUCGCUUUGCCUGCUAAGCUUCCUUUAUCUUCCAAGAGAGAUGAAUCUCCAAGGAAAAAAUCCAAUGAGUGUAGUUAUUCACAAGAUGGUUUUGGAGGGGACAUCGAGGAGGGUGAGUUUGUACCUGAUACCAAAAUCAUCAAGUGUGAUGUCAUGCUUGGUCCUAGAAAACGACCAGAAAGUCAUGGUGUUGGUGCUUCCAGUGGAGAUGAACCCGGCCCUACUACUCAUGACCACAUGAACGAACCUGAAAAUCAGUAUGAAUCAAGGCAACAAUUCAAAAGAAUAGCUAAACCGCGUGGCAUGAAAGGGGGCACCUGUUGUUCUCUCGUUGUGCUCCGCAGGCUUUACCAGAUUUUUUAUGAGAGACUACGGACCGCAAGAGAUUUGUGCACUGAUGAUCUAUAUGCAGAAUUCAAGGAGAAACUGGUCAGGCUACUUGAUCGCUCUAUUGAUAAUUAUAAAUUUGAGGACUUCUGCCUGAAAUUCCUUGGGCCAAAGUCGUUUAAACUUUUUACUCUGGACAUAGUGAUAAACCGGGUUAUCAAGCAGAUUUGUAUAAUUUCUUCAAGCGAUCAGGAUAACUUACUUGUUCAGUUCCUGGAGAACUUAAGGAGACCAACUUCACCCAAAAUUUUGUCCCAACAUCAAAACUUUCCAAGUAAUCCAUCAGACGGCUCGCCAAAGCAUGCCGGAGAGGAGCGAGACAAAGCUCUUGAUGAUACCGGAAAACUUAAGCCGCGUCACUUUGAGAGAAGGAAGAAACGCAAGUUGGAGAGCGAUGGAGUGAGUUCCCCUCGGCUUGGAGAAGGGUUUCAAACUCAUAGUGGAAGGUGAAAUGGUUAUGAUGGUUAUUUUGUAUACAUGUAUUUGUACCUUAGUGUAAGAGCUCCGAUUAUACGAUCGGAGAUGCUAGAUUGCCGUUGUAAGAGUUCUAAAAUAUGGCAAGCGGUCUGUGUGCAGGGCCUCAAAAUCCGCUUGCGAGCAGUUCAUGUGCUGAAGUAGUCAUUAGGUGUUUCGAGAAAAUUUUAGCCACUAAUUCGAUCAACAAAAUAUGAGAUAUAGAUCAUAAAAGUUGUACCAUUGAAACUUUCUUUUUAUAA